GAGGUUGGGGGCAGUUCGCGGGGGAAUCCGGCGGGGACCGGGAGGCUCCCCUGGACCCAGACGCGCAGUCGCCGAGGCUGCGCCCGCACUCCGCCGCCGCGUCCCGGCGUCUCUUGCACUGCCCAGGGGAGCGAGCUCCGAGCAUCUCCCGCUGCAGCCGCUCCUCGGUGCCGGGAACGUGGAAGCUGAGUGCGAGAAACCCCCAGACCCAAGCGCAGCCUCUUCCCGCCGCCAGGACCACCAUGACCCACUUCAAUAAGGGCCCAUCCUAUGGGCUCUCGGCCGAAGUCAAGAACAAGAUUGCUUCCAAGUAUGACCAUCAGGCAGAAGAAGAUCUUCGCAACUGGAUAGAAGAGGUGACAGGCAUGAGCAUUGGCACCAACUUUCAGCUGGGCUUAAAAGAUGGCAUAAUCCUCUGCGAACUCAUAAACAAGCUACAGCCAGGCUCAGUGAAGAAGGUUAAUGAGUCUUCGCUAAACUGGCCUCAGUUGGAGAAUAUUGGCAACUUUAUUAAAGCUAUUCAGGCUUACGGUAUGAAGCCACAUGAUAUAUUUGAAGCAAAUGAUCUUUUUGAGAAUGGAAACAUGACCCAGGUUCAGACGACACUGGUGGCUCUAGCAGGUCUGGCUAAAACAAAAGGAUUCCACACAACCAUUGACAUUGGAGUUAAGUAUGCAGAAAAGCAAACAAGACGUUUUGAUGAAGGAAAAUUAAAAGCUGGCCAAAGUGUGAUUGGUUUGCAGAUGGGAACCAACAAAUGCGCCAGCCAGGCAGGUAUGACAGCCUAUGGGACUAGGAGGCAUCUUUAUGAUCCCAAAAUGCAAACUGACAAACCUUUUGACCAGACCACGAUUAGCCUGCAGAUGGGCACCAAUAAAGGAGCCAGCCAGGCAGGGAUGUUAGCACCAGGUACCAGAAGAGACAUCUACGAUCAGAAACUAACAUUACAACCAGUGGACAACUCGACAAUUUCCCUACAGAUGGGUACCAACAAAGUUGCCUCCCAGAAAGGAAUGAGUGUGUACGGGCUUGGGCGGCAAGUAUAUGACCCCAAAUACUGUGCUGCUCCCACAGAACCUGUCAUUCACAAUGGAAGCCAAGGAACAGGAACGAACGGGUCGGAAAUCAGUGAUAGUGAUUAUCAGGCAGAAUACCCCGAUGAGUAUCAUGGCGAGUACCAAGAUGACUACCCCAGAGAUUACCAGUACGGUGACCAAGGCAUUGAUUAUUAG